GUUAGGGCUGCGCAAAAGAUCGCCGCCAUUUCACACUCCUUGAGUUUGUUGAUUCCGACCAAUUUCUCGGCCAUUUCCGGACUGGGCUUGCGUUGGGUGCCGUGGAAAGGAAAAAAGAACAUUAAAUUGUUGGCAAAAUGUCAGCAUUCAUUGACUCUGAAGCGUCGGAGGGAGAGGAUGAAGAGGAGCUGACAGCAAGGGAAAAGAAGAAAUUAAAGAAAAUGAAGCAGCAUCGGCUGCAAGACUCAUCAGAGGAGGAGGAAGACGACGAGGAGGCGAUGCGGGAGGAGAUGAAGGACCUGAUCGACGACAACCCGAUUGACGACGAGGGAGACGACGAGAGCGACAGCUCGUCGGACGGCGACGGCUCUGGUGACGGCGGGCGCGGCGGCGCGCGCAAACGCUCGCGCGAGGACGACGACUUGGACGACGCGCUCGAGGAUGACGACUAUGACCUCAUUGAGGAGAACCUGGGGGUCAAAGUCAAACGGAAGCAGCUGAAGCGCAUCCGUCGCAUCUCCGACUCGGACGACGAGAAGGACCGGGACGAGUCGGCGGACGAGGGUCGCGCGCCGUCAGAGAGCCGCGACGCCGGCGAGCAUGACGAGCGGCCGCCGCCGAUCGAUGGAGAGCCCGACGACGACGAGGUGGAGGACGAGGAGGACGUCGACGACUUCCUCGUGGAUGAGGACGGCAAGCCGCUCUCCAAGGGACCCAAGAAGAAGAAACACAUCUUCAAGGACGCUGCACUGCAAGAGGCCCAGGACAUCUUCGGCGUCGACUUCGACUUUGACGAGUUCGACAAGUACGCCGGCGAGGAGGAGAGCGAGCCGGACGACGAAGGCAUCGAGGAAGACGACCCGGACGCCUCCAAGAAGCGCACCAGGAAGAAGGCGGCCAAGAAGAAGUCCAUCUAUGAGCUCUACGAGCCCAGCGAGCUGGAGCGGGGACACUUCACCGACCUGGACAACGAGAUCCGGCAGACGGACAUACCGGAGCGGAUGCAGCUGCGCACCGUGCCCGUCACGCCCACCGAGCUCGGCUCGGAGGACCCGGAGCUCGACGCCGAGGCCGAGUGGAUCUUCCGGCACGCUUUCAACGACAAGCCCAUCAGCGCUCAGAGCAAGGAUGACGACGACGAGUUCCGGGACAAGAUUCGCCAGAGCAGUUCGUCGGUGAGCAAGAUCAAGUCGGCGCUGGACUUUAUGCGGAACAAGCACCUGGAGGUGCCGUUCAUCGCGUCUUACAAGAAGGAGUACAUCGUGCCCGAGCUGACCUCCAACGCCCUGUGGAGGGUGUACAAGUGGGACGAGAAGUGGUGCCAACUUCAGCGCCGCAAGCAGAACAUGGUGCGCUUGCUGGAGAGGAUGCAGGCCUACCAGGGUGACCUGGUGAUGAAGGACAUCAACGCCGCGCUGCCGGACGGCAUGCGCGUCCUCUCGAGUGACGACGUCGACAGGGUGAAGUUGGCUGAUUCCCCGGAGGAGCUGCAGGACAUCUACAUGCACUUCCGCAUGUACUACGGCCAGGACGUGGCUGCUAUGCACGAGCAUGAUAUGAGGAAGAAGAUGGAGGAGAAGAAGGCUGCGCCCAAAAAGAAGCGCACUGAAACCCGCAUAGAAACGAAUGAAGAAGGCGAAGAAGUUGAAGUAGAAGUAGAGGUGACGGAUGACGAGGCUGAACAAAAGGACGAUGAGGACGACCGCGAAUUCCUGAAAUACGCCGUCAGAACGGACGCAUAUGGACUUUGCAAAAGAAACGGACUGGAGCCGCUGUCCCGCCGGUUCGGCCUCACGCCGGAGCAGUUCUCGGAGAACCUGCGCGACACUUACCAGCGCCACGAGGUGGAGCAGCACCCGGUCGAACCCGAGGAGAUGGCGCAGGACUACAUGACCGGGAAUCUGGCGACGGCCCAGGACGUGCUGAAGGCCGCCAAGUUCAUGGUGGCGAGUCAGAUAUCGUGCGAGCCCCUGGUGCGCAAGUGCGUGCGCGAGAUGUUCUACAGCUCGGCUCGAAUCAGCGUCAAGCCUACUAAGAAGGGCAUGAAGGAGAUCGACGAGAGCCACUACGCCUUCACCAUGAAGUACAUGAAAGACAAGCCAGUGAGCUCGCUGAGGGACGACCAGUUCCUGAAGCUGCACAUGGCCGAGGAGGAGAAACUGCUGGUGAUCGACCUCGGUUCCAAGAUCACCAACUACGCCGGACAGAACUACGUCGACGAGGCCAAGGGCCUCUACUGCAGGGACGAGUUCAGCAAGACGGUGCAGAAGUGGAACGAGCUGCGCGGCGAGUGCGUGGAGCUGGCGCUGACGCAGAUGAUGUUCCCGGCGCUGCGCAAGGAGCUGCGCACGCGCCUGCUGCAGGAGGCCCGCGAGUUCGUGCUGCGCCAGGUGCGGCGGCGCCUCUUCAACUGGCUCUCGAUCGCGCCGUACACGGCCUCCUUCCCGGACGAGGACGAGGACGAGUGGGACUGCUCGGACGGCGUGCGUGUGCUAGCCGUGGCCUACGAGACGGACCCGUCGACGGCCGACUACGCCUGCAUGGUGGGCGCCGACGGCGAGGUCACCGACUUCCUCAAGCUGCAGCACCUGAUGAAGCGGAAGGACGCGUGGCGGGAGGCCGACCGACUCGGCAAGGAGGCCGACCUCGACGCCAUCCGCCAGCUGGUGGAGGCCAAGAAGCCGCACGUGAUCGUGGUGGGCGGCGAGUCGCGCGAGGCGGUCACGCUGGCCGAGGAGCUGCGCGCCCUGGUGCAGACGCUGGUCGCCGAGAACCAGUUCCCGGCCAUUCAGGUGGAGAUCCUCGACAACGAGCUGGCCAAGGUGUAUGCCAACAGUGUCAAGGGCGUGAGCGACUUCCGCGACUAUCCGGAGCUGCUGCGGCAGGCGGUGUCGCUGGCGCGUCGCCUGCAGGACCCGCUCAUGGAGUUCGCGCAGCUGUGUAAUGCCGAGGAGGAGUGUCUCUGCCUGCGCUAUCACUCGCUGCAGGAGCAGCUGCCGCGCGACCAGCUGCUGGAGACCGUGCAGAUCGAGUUCAUCAACCGCACCAACGAGGUGGGCGUCGACGUGAACCUGGCGCUGGCCAACCCGUACGCGUCGCCGCUGGUGCAGUUCGUCUGCGGCCUGGGCGUGCGCAAGGCGGCCACGCUGCUCAAGACGCUGAAGCAGACGAGCCAGCGGCUGGCCAACCGCACCGAGCUUGUCACCGACUGCCACUUGGGGCCCAAGAUCCUGACAAACUGCGCCGGCUUCAUCAAGAUCAACGCCAACUCGCUGGGCGACAUCACAGACCGCUACACGGACCUGCUGGACGGCACUCGUAUCCACCUGGAAACGUAUGAGUGGGCGCGCAAGAUGGCCGUCGAUGCGCUCGAGUACGACGACGAGGACGGCAACCCGGCCGGCGCACUCGAGGAGAUUAUCGACAACCCCGAGCGGCUCAAGGACCUGGACCUGGACGCCUUCGCCGAGGAGCUGGAGCGCCAGGGGCUCGGCAACCGCUCCAUCACGCUCUACGACAUCCGGGCCGAGCUGAACGACCGCUACAAGGACCUGCGCACGCCGUACAUGUCGCCUGACCCGCUGGAGCUCUUCAAUAUGCUGACCAAGGAGACGCCCGACACGCUGUACAAGGGCAAGCUGUUGCUGAGCACCGUCACCGGCUUCACCAGGCGCAAGCCCAAGCCGGAGCAGAUGAACCAGGACAACCCGGUGCGCGACACGGAUACCGGGCUCUGGCAGUGCCCGUUCUGCCUGAAGAAGGACUUCCCCGAGCUUUCCGAGGUGUGGUCACACUUCGACACGAACGCGUGUCCGGGCAAGGCGAUCGGCGUACGCAUCAGGCUGGACAACGGCUGCUCGGGCUUCAUUCAGAUGAAGAACCUGUCCGACAACCGCGUCACCAACCCCGAAGACCGCGUCCAUCCGGGCCAGACCAUCUUCUGCCGCGUGGUCAAGAUCGACAUCGAGAAGUUCUGGGUCGAGUGCACGUGCAAGUCGUCCGACCUGGCCGAUAAGAACAAGGAGUGGAGGCCGGCCAAGGAUCCGUUCUACGACGUUGAUGCGGAGAACGAAGACCGGCAGGCGGCCGAGGCCACGCGCAAGCAGAAGGAGGCGCAGACCUACCUCAAGCGGGUGAUCGUGCACCCGGCCUUCCACAACAUCGACUUCAAGGAGGCGCGCCGCCUGCUGGCCACCAUGGACCAGGGCGAGGCCAUCAUCCGGCCCAGUAGCCAGGGCAGCGAUCAGCUGACCGUGUCCUGGAAGGUGACCGAUGACGUCAUCCAGCACAUCAACGUCAAAGAGAUGGGCAAGGAGAACGCGUUCAGCCUGGGCCAGACGCUGGUCAUCGACAACGAGGAGUUCGAGGACCUGGACGAGAUCCUGGCGCGCCACGUCAGUCCUGUGUCGGCGCACGCGCGCGACCUGCUCAGCUACAAGUACUACCGCGACACAGACGGCGGCAAGCGACCGCGCGCCGAGGAGCUGCUGCGAGAUGAGAAGCGCAAAAACCCUCAGAAGAUUCCCUAUAUCGUGUCCGUCUCCAAGGAGCACCCGGGCAAGUUCAUGCUGUCCUACAUGCCGCGCACGCGCGCGCGCCACGAGUUCAUCACGCUGACGCCGGAGGGCUUCCGGUUUCGGCAGCAGAUCUUCGAGACGAUCCCGGCGCUGUUCCGCUGGUUCAAGGACCACUUCCGGGACCCGGUGCCGCAGACGCCGCGCGGCACGACGGCCGCUGCGCGCACGCCCUUCACGCCCGGCGCUGGCUUCAAUAUCAACAACGUGAACGCCGAGGCGGUGGCGCGGGUGGCGCAGAACCUGUCUGGCAACGUGCUGCACAACCUGUCGCAGGCAGCCGCCCACACCCCCGGCUACUACCCCAACACGCCGUACACGCCGUCCGGCCAGACGCCAUUCAUGACACCGUACGCCACGACGCCGCGGUACCAGGGCGGCGGCGGCGGAACCGACGCCCCGCGCGCCGACGGCCGCAGCACACCGCGCAUGGACGCCAGGUCGACGCCGCGCAUGGACGCCAGAUCGACGCCACGCGCAGACGGCAGGUCGACGCCACGUAUGGACGCCAGGUCGACGCCACGCAUGGACGCCAGGUCGACGCCGCGUAUGGACGCCAGGUCGACGCCACGGAUGGACGCCAGGUCGACGCCGCGCAUGGACGCUAGGUCGACGCCGCGCGCCGACGGUCGCUUCACGCCGCGCGCGGACGGCAGGUCGACCCCGCGCGGCGACGGCGCCUCCACGCCUCGCGACGGCAUGCGCACACCCCGAGACGGCUUCCCACCACCGGGUAACCCGGCGUCGCGCUCGAGGCGGACCCCGCGCGCCGGCGAGACGCCCCUGUACGACGAGUGAGCGGGCCGCGGCCGAGUUGGACACGCCACCGCUCUCCCGACUUUGUGAUGCGUUGCACUGUUCCGUGACUCUGACUCCGCUCCGGAGCCCUGGCCAGACUCUGAGACUCUGUUCUGAAGCCCUGACCGGACUCUGAGACUCCGUUCUGAAGCCCUGGCCAGACUGAGACUCCGUUCUGGAGCCCUGGCCGGACCCUCCGCCUCCGCUCCGCGGUCCUGGCCGGCGCCGGCCGGGCGCGGCUGGCCGGCCGGUGC